AUGGCGGAAGCGAGUCUUUUCAUCAAGCACGAAUCUGACGAUCGCAGCAAUCCUUUCAUGAUGUCUCACUCAGGUUACUCGAUGGGUAACCAGUUCGGGAACCCCAACGACGGGGUCGACCCUUCGAAUUUGACUAUGCAGCAAGGUGGCUUCAUGCCUUCCUACUAUGGCUCGCAACAGAACAUGUCGUCCAGCUUCAACUUUGGAAACUCUGGAAUUGACACCGAUGAACUCCUGGACCUGGAAAUCACUGGACAGAAUGGUGUCCAGCGCGACAACAACAACAUCAACUACAUGCACGACCAGUCGGCCGGUGGCAUCGCCAUGAGUCACCAGAGCCAGAUGUCGCAACUAUACUCGAACACUCCCGACAACGCUCCCAUGGCCAGUCCGUUUGUUAACAACAGCUUCAACAAUUACGAGCAGUUCCGGAUGAACCAACAGAACCCCCACCUGCAAAGCGGCUCGUUUGAUCAGGCCUAUAUGAGCGGCAAGUCUCGACCGAGCUUGCAGGCUAUGGACCGCACAUCCUCGGAUGCCCGGAGCCCCAUGACCCCGAAGACUCCUGCCUUGGGAUCCUUAACCCUCGGCACCCCAGAAUCGGGUAGCUUCCCGGGCCAGCCUAUCCGGACCGGUGGAUUGCAGCACCGCCACCAGAAGACAUUGUCCAACCAGUGGGAUGGAACUCCUGGUAGCGCACAUUCCUAUGUUGAUUCGCCUAUCUCCUCCCCAAGCCACCAUGGUCAACACGCCGGUAUCUCCGAGAUCAUUAAGUCCGGCAAGCAUGCGUCUCUCCCUACCAAGGUCGAUACCCACCUUCAUGGCGGCAGCCAGGACCUGGAAUCGCAAGAGGCCAAGCGCCGACGACGUCGUGCAUCACACAACCUGGUGGAGCGUCGCCGUCGCGACAACAUUAAUGAGCGCAUCCAGGACCUUUCCCACCUGGUACCACAGCACCGUCUCGAGGAUGACAAGGUGCGCAAGCAGCUGGUGAACAACAGUGCUCUCUCCAUGGCCGGCGCGGGCGGAAAUGCCGCCACAUCACUUCUUGCCGGCGGCAACGGACGCCGCGCGACCCCCGGCAACAUCACCAUGGGCCUCCCGAUCGAAGAGAAGGAAAAGGGUCCCAACAAGGGUGACAUUCUCAACGGCGCGGUCAGCUGGAUGCGCGAUUUGAUGUGGGCCCUGCACGUCAAAUAUCAGCAGGAAGCUGAGCUUGCCGAGAUGAUCGGCAACCUCGGCGGAACCUGGCCCUUCGAGCCCACCGAGGAAGAGAAGCGCAUGCGCAGCGAAAUCCUCGACGCCCUGGAGAAGAACGACCCCAACUCCUUCGCCUACACCCGUGGUCCCGGCAGCGGUCUCCGUGUCCCCAAGCACACCAAUCUUGCCGGCGACUCGGUGCAGGGCGGCGAGUCCACUGGAUUGACCCCUCCCAACCUCAGCCCGUCCUUCCAUGCCGCUGGUGGACCCAAUGGCACCACCGCUCAGCCUCAAUACUGGAACAGCGCUGGCCAUGCCGCGAUGAGCUUCAAGGAGGAGGAUGAGUACGGCAUGGAGAUGAACUGA